CAGACUCCAGUAGCGGGGAGCGUUCGCGGAAUAUCAGAAUCAGCUUUAGAGUAUCGGUCAGAGCUCGCGCACACGCCGUGGAGCAGGCGGACGCACGCUGCAUUUCACCGCUUAUUAAAUAAACAGGAGCGACUGAGAAAGAGACUCUUACUCAAACCCGUCUGGACGCUUUUACAUUAAAAAAACACACACCAUAAAGAAAAGAAGCGAGGACCGUAAACAUAAAGUCAGUAAGUUCGUUGUUCUGACCAGUCGGUGUAUUUAUAAAUAAAUAAAAAAAGUCAAUCAGAAGGCAUUUUUUAAUAGAGUAGGAAUUAAAGUUGCUGCUUUCUCGCUGACAACCAGAGACUCUGAGCGCGCUGUUGGACAACAUGAUGCGAGACUCUCGUGUGUGCUCUGCGGCAGGACUCAUCAUCACCAUCAUCCUUACAAUCCAAGGCGUAUUGGCUCAGAAGGUGAAGGUGGAGCCAGAAGUGGUGUCCUAUCCGGGAGAUACGGUGACUCUGCGCUGUCAGUUUCCUGACCCAGGCCAGACCCAGCUUACCCAGGUGUCUUGGAUUUUAGAGAAGAGCGAUGGCACCCGGACCAACAUUGCUGUAUUUCAUCCCAUUUACGGGGUCAAUUAUCCAGACUCUCCAGUGGCGGGGCGUGUUAGUUUUACCACCACUCCCACCACUCUGGAUAAUCCAACUAUUCAGAUCACAGACAUCGCUCUGACCGAUGAAGGGAAGUACAUCUGCGAGUACGCAGCUUAUCCCACCGGGAACGAGAAGGGCAUAACCUCCCUUGUCAUACUAGCCAAGCCCGUCAACAAUGCCACCCGCAUACCCGUGCCUGUGGGCGACACUCCCGUCUCCGUAGCGCGCUGCGAGUCAGCCAACGGCCGGCCACCAGCCACCAUCACCUGGUUGACUUCUCUGAACGGCAACAGCUCGGCUCCCAUCACUGCGGACAACUCGGACAACACGGUGACCGUGCGCAGCGAGUACAUUCUCAAGCCCACGCCGGACGACCACGAAAAGGAGAUCAUCUGCAAGGUGACGCAUCGCACGAUACCCAGCGGCGAGACCAUCUCCGUGAAGCUGGAUAUCCAAUAUCCUCCUCAGGUCACGAUUUUAGGAUAUGACGAUAACUGGUACAUAGGCCGGACAAAUGUGGUGUUGACCUGCCAGUUUCGUGGAAACCCAAAUCCCACCACUGUGAACUGGAAAAUGAGCUCAGGCUUCAUGCCGGACACGGUGGAGGUGUCGCACAAUAAACUGACCGUACCGAAGGUGGACAACUCCAUAAACAACACGUUUAUCUGCGAGGUGACAAACAGCCUCGGGACCGGCAAGGAUCAGGUCGCUGUGUUCGUCAGGGAAGCACCCAUGCCUCCCUCCAGUGCAGGUGUGGUAGCAGGCGCAGUCAUCGGCAGCUUACUGGCCCUUCUAUUGGUCGGCGCCCUCAUCGCAGUCUUGAUAAGCCGCAGCCGCAGGCAACAACAGGGUUACCGAGGCAACAGCAAAGGAAACUCCGCCCCCUAUGACUCAGUGGCACGUCUCUUCGGCUCGUCAGGCAGCAAGAACGGCACCGGCAACCACGGCAACAAUAACGCACCCAUCUACAAGGGAGACGUGGGGCUCUCGGAGAAAGCCGGAAACAUCGGGCUGCACCAGGGGGGCGUGGCCUUAGUGGAGAAUACCCCGACAGCACAGGACAUUCUGCUGAGCAGCGAGCUGGACGAGGCCGAGCGCAGGAAGUUCGACGAGCUAGAGGAAGAGGACGAGCGCUACGACCAAUUCAGAGGUAGCGGGCCAAUCCUGCAGCUCCGCCCACACGAUGAGGACCCCACCUCGGCCUACCUCGACGACGACAUGGAGUCACAGAGAGAUGGCUCAAUCAUCUCCCGGACCGCUGUCUACGUGUGAGAGCGGAAGAAAGGGGGGGAUAGAGAGCGAGAGAAACAACAAGACGAGUGGAACGAGAACUAGAGUGGGCCUGCUCCCAAAGGAUUUUUCCUUUUCAGUUUUAAGAUUAUUCAUUUUAAUUUUCCAAAUCUUAUUAUCGAAAAACCACACCAGAGAGACAGACAUGAACUAUAGAUGGAUGGAUGAAUGGCUGGUUGGAUAAAAACAAAUACAGGGCAGAUACAGGAUGUGCGGAGUGGACACAUGGCAGAAACAUGACAUUUAUACUUCCUAUUUACAGCAACGGUUGUCAUGGA